AUGAACUCUGACGGGUCGUCAGCGUUCAGCUACGUGCUGGAACUGUUGCUCUCGCCGCUAGAAGAACCUUUUCGCCGGUAUCUGGACAUCUGUGAGGAUGUUCACAUGCGCGAUGCGAGUCGCAAUACAAUGCUUCACUGGGCCGCUACUGUCGGCAACGUAGCUGCCGCUUAUGCUCUACUUCAGCAUGGUGUCGAGGUGGAUGCCCGCAACGUGUACGGGGCGACACCGCUGCACUUGGCCGCCGCCUUUGCGCCAAACAUGGGUGUGAUGGGCCCACUCUUGAUGCAGCAUGGUGCAUCGUUGACCGUCCCACUUAGCUCCCGGAAUGAGACCGGGGUGGGGUCCCUAUUGGCGUCGAGGGGCUUGAAAGCAGUUUGGACAUGGAUGGUUGAGCUGAGCGCAUUGCUUCAGCAGAAUGGUGACAGCAGUCCCUUGCUGUUCCGGUUUGGUGGUUCAUCAAGCCUCCCCUCGGCUGCGUCAAUCAGGGCCGUAACCCCACUGCUCUGUGCGCCGGAAGAAUUACAGCAACUGGGCCAAGGUCGAGGAAGCAGUAUGCAGCGCCCGUGCGCAGCAGUAGGCAUGCGCGCGGUGCCGAUCCCACGCGCACCAGCUAGGCGGUUGACUCCGCAUGGUGGUGGCGGUCACCUGCUCUCGCAGAAGCGGUCGGCGCGACUGGUGUCGUCACACGCCGCAGCAGCGGAGUCUGCGUCGUCUGCUACCGCCGCCUCCGCGGCGUCCCUCCGCAGCGCGACGGCGGAAAGGGAAGCUGCUGUCGCGCUAUUUGUCUCUCGUGAGGAGGUGGGACGCAUCCAGCUGGAAAAGGAGCAGGUGGAAGCACGUCUGGAGAUUCACGUGGAGCUGUGUGAUCCACUCUGGUCUCCGUAUACCUGCGACGAAGGGGACGAGGUGGAUGUCGACUCGAAGAUGCCUGCCUCGUCGGCUUGGUGGGGCACUGCUGGCGGGGUGGGGAACCCCGAGGGCGAUGAUACUUACGCCGGCUUAGUCGGGCUCGUCGUUGCGGUGCUUGGCGAAAAGUUUGAUAUGAAGGACGGUCGCCAACUCUUUGUGCAGUACAAGGAGCCUGCCGGCGUGGACGGCGCCCAUGUCGCUGAAGUUUGGUGUCCCUUCAGCUCCGUGGCCCAUGACCCCGUGGUGGUCGCCUACAUCGACCGCUACAGCCGCACCUACGGGUUAACAAACUCCGUAAGCGUGAAGGCUGCUGCGACCCCGUCGAUUCUGAACAGCAACGGUGGCUGUGGAAGCCCCCUCGACAGCAUGGAACGAGAGCAGCUCGAGGAGCAACUGCGGAUGCUGCCCCGCAGGGACUUGUCCAGCCCAGAGAGCGCAGUGUCGCUGAAUGUCUCCACCAAGCAGUUCAUCCCGAUCGCAGCGAGUGAACUAAAAUCGCCGGAGGAAUUUUACUCCGUGAGGGAUGAGCUGACCCCACCCGUGUCGAGGUCUCCGAACCCCGCGACGCUGGCGGGCGGACUUGCGUUGCGACACCCGCAUCCGCGGCGGGACGAAAAAGAUGGUGAUGGGUGGCAUUUUGCGCAAGCCCACAUGCAAGAAAUCAGUCCUGUGCAGGGGGUUUGGCCAGCCACGGGACCAGCGGUAUCACCGGAGCAGACGCCCACUCAGACGGACGCGGAGGCGGCGCAGGACACGACUGCGAGUGCAGUAGCGAACCACGCGCCUACGGGUGUGCGUUCGCAGCCCAGUCGAGAUGACGCUUGUGUUCACCUGCGCCAGCACUCCUCGCCCGACGUGAACAGAGCCGUAUCAGGCGCCUCCUCGACGGUGCAUACGCAGCCUCAGGUCAGUUCUCUACGCGACGGCACCAGCGUUAUUCUAGAAAAGGAUGAGCGGUACCACUUGUCAGAGACACAAAAAGCUAGGUACAACAGCUUCCUGCGCGACUCGGCGUUGCAGCGACUGCACAAACGCCAGGGGCGGCUCUUUGCUGGUGCUUCCGGUGGCUAA